AUGGUUGGAUGGGGUUUGCCACCUGGAUGCGUUGCUCUCUUCAGCUUGAGCCUGUUUGUGAGUUUGCCAGUGUGUCUGGCUGGAUUGGAAUGUUCGAUUAGUAGUGAACUUCCAAAAUGCGAAUGCGAUCGCAAAAAGAUGGUCACUCUCUUCAUUCCUCGGUUGCUUCUACCUGAUCAACCUAAUCUACUCCGAAUGCGCUCAAUUUAUCCCCUAAACCUUCUGAUAAUCGACUUCUCUGUCGAUGGGCUCGACCGCAAUUACCGUUCGUCUUACCAAAUCAAAUCUAAAAGAAGUGCUGAUGGUGUAUUCAUAAAUGAAGUGCACUUCCGUCUGCCAUUUGUAACGUGGGAAGGAGGCCCGAUAAACCUCAGACUUACCUGCCAGUACUGCAUACCGGAUGAAGAUGAUAAUUGGUGCCAAUUCACAGAGCAGGAAACACAAAUAAUACGCGCAUCCUUUGUUAAUAAGUUUGUCGUCAUUAUUCGUGAAUCAGACAAACCCAGGUACAAACCUGGUGAGGAUAUACGCUUUCGCUUUGUUGCGCUUAAUACACGUCACCUUUAUCCAAAUAGUGAAAAACUCCAGUGGCCCAAAUUUAAAAUUGAUUCACGGAAUUUCUCUAAUGGCAAAUUUGUGCGGGUCACCGAAGAUGAAAGACACAGACGUGAAGGAUCUUUAGGAUUCGAUGUUAUCUACAUAGAAGACCCUAAUGGUAAUCGAGUGAAGGAGUGGACGAAUGUCCCACAGACGACGGCAUUUAAUAUGUCCUUUCCCCUGCCGUUGGAUGCUUCCGCAGGUGUUUGGCGUAUCGUGGCAAGGGUUUUCACCAACAUUCAAACCCUGCAGGUGCAUGUGAAUAAUAACGCUCUCUCGCGAUUCCUGGCAGCAAUUGAGGUUCCGAAGGAAGUGGAUUACCACGCUGAGACGGCAAAUUUUGAUGUGUGCGCCAAAUACACCGGCGGCAUUUCAUUCCAGGGGCACUACGAUGCUCAAAUCUGCGUCGGUACUGGAAGUGAAUUGAUGCAGCCGCAGAACCUAGAUAAUCCGUCAAAAAACGAAGAGGGUGUGUCUGGAACAAAUUCGGCUGGACCCAGAGGUCAAUGCCAUCUUCUUGCUGGUAGAAUUUUUGGCACACCUGAGAAUGGAGGUUGCGUAAGUGCCAGCUUCUCCAUGAAAUCACUUAUGCAACAUACUGAAGCCUGGAUUGAGGAUGGCCAUAAACUCAGUUUCCUUGUCAAAAUACGUGAGACGGAUACAGAAUCUGGCGUAAUACGAUUUGGUCAGGCGGAAAUUCGUGUUCCCAAACUAGAUUCGGAAAUAGAUAGCACCUACCGUCCAGGUUUGCCCAUUUACGGUAAGGUACGUCUGUUGGUGAAGAAUGAUGUUGCAAUGCGUAUUUCACUGAUCGGCAGCGUGACCGUAUUUGACCACUUAAGAAAUAACAUAUACUCCACAAAAUUACAGCUAAAUUCCAAUGUCGUGACGUCUUUUAUUCUUCCACCAGUAAACAGCGAAAGCGACAUUCAGAUACGAGUAGGAUUAAUACGCGAGGAGAACACGACUUACUCCACCAGAGGCAAACUAUCACCUGUCAUUCAACGCAUGUUAGUUCACGUUUGGCAGCAGAAGCGGACAGAGUCGCUGAGGCGUUGGAAAGCGCGGAGUAGUCUGGCUCUCAAGGUAAGAGGCAUAAACAGCAAUUGUACAGUGGAUUAUCCCAGAAGGCUAAAGCUUUCUGUCAUGGCAAAUGCGCCACUGGCUGGGAAAACCCUCUUUCUUGAGUAUCUCUGGAGAGGUUUGCCGAGACAGUGGUCCACAGUCCUGCAACCGGCGACGUCGGGUUACAAUUGCUCUGAUGAGGACAGCGAUUUUGGCCACUAUAUAUGCAAUGCGGGUUUCCCACUGGGAGCACUGGGAGAGAUCUCGUGUCGGCCGGGUUGGACGGGAGAGAAUUGCAUGAGGCCGCAUGGAUCAAACGAAAAAAGAGAAAAGGCCCAAAGGACAAUAUUCAUGCAUGAAGCAAUUUUCGAAAUGGAUUCCCAUUCUGGGCCAACGCUCCGCGCCGUUGUUUAUGUCGUCAAUAAUGAUUCCAGUUUGACAAGGGGUUAUGAAAUAAUCUCGGAUCAUUUGCAGAAUCUAAACUUUGAGUCAUGUCCGAAAUCGUCUGACGGUGACAACUUAGACAAGCACACACUAAUGCCUGGAGACACAGUUGGUCUGACUCUCAAUGUUCCGACCGCCCGAGCCCCUCAAAUGUACGAUAUCGAUAACACAUGUAUCCUGCGUCUUGUGGAUACGUCCUUAAAGAAUUUUGAAAAUUUUCAGGAGACCCUAGUCAACAUUAAUCAGUGUACCAAUGAGCUUCGAACUAACGUUCAUUUAUUUUACAACCAAAAGUAUGUCUACAACACGAAGACCGCAUUCCAGGCAAUCGGCCUUAAUUUUAUGGAAUUUCGACCAUCAGGUGUGCAACUUGAAAAUAAAGUGUGUGAGCCCGAUGAAGUUGAUGGGCAAAGUAUGGAAAAUAUAUCUUCUUCCCACAUACCCGAAUUUUUAGGAGAUUUUCCGGAUCCCUUUGUUUCGAAUUCACUCCCCACGAGCGUUUGCAAUAGCCUCUUGAAAACACGAUCCCAAAGUCUCUUACCGGAGGUUUGGCUGUUCGAACACGUCAAGCUCGACCAAGCGGGACGUUUUAAAACCCAGCUUAUAGCACCAAAUAGAAUUACUAGUUGGGAGUUUACGGCUCUCUGCUUCACACCUAACCUGGGUAUCUGGAUGCCACGUAGACCCGAGCCGGAGACUGUGACCAUCUUGCUUCCCUUCAACGUCGAAUUUAUUCCUCCGAUGAAGGUCAGGCGACACGAAAUCUUACAUGUACCCGUCAGUAUCUUCAUGUUGUCGCAAACCUCAGCCAAUAAAACUGCGGAUGAGAAGACGUGUUACGAGAUUAUCGUUUCAAUUGCAGUUGAUCGGAAGGAUUGGCGGCUCAUCAGUAGUUCCAACUUUACCAAACGCAUGUGCCAUGGGGAUCCGAAGGCCACAUUCACAGUUGAUCUGCAGCCGCUGAGGCUUGGACGAUUAAAUAUGACAGCAGAGGCCAGCACGCCAGGUGGCUCCGUAGACGCUGUUAGACGUUUAAUCCUUGUUGUACCCGAGGGUGUAGAGGCAGAGGCUAACAUGGGAGGAGAGCUGUGCAUUCCUGCUGGAAGAACUACGAUGGAGAAGGUAAUGCGCCUAGACCUACCAGAGGAAAUAGAGGAGGGUUCACUGCGUGGCUAUUUUUCAGUGAGUGGCGAUGUACUCGGCAAACCAAUGAAGCAUCUGGAUAAUCUCGUCAGUCAGCCAACAGGCUGUGGGGAACAAAAUAUGGCGAAAGUGGCACCAAGUGUAUACGUACUCAAGUAUUUGGUCGCUGCUGCAGACCUACAGGACCCUGAAAACAAGAAAUUGGCACAGACAACGAUCAACUACAUCAGCAGUGGCUACACCAAUCAGCUAAGAUAUCGUAAACCUGAUGGCUCUUUCGUAAUUUUCCCCCAUGUUAAUCCCGGCAGUACCUGGUUAACGGCGUAUGUAUUUGGUGUGUUCAGUGAGGCUGAACGGUUGCUGCAGGAGAAGGCUCUAGAAAAAUUACGGAUUGCCAGUGUUACUUUUGAUUCCACAAUAUCCAAAGCAUUUGAAUUUCUUAAAUCAACGCAACGGAAAGAUGGCUGCUUUGUGGAGUAUGGUCGAGGGCUCGGGGGCAUUCGCAGUUCUUUAAAACUUACCGACCUUCUUGUAACCUCCUAUGUCCUUUCAGCACUGUUCGAAGCCCCGGCGACGCUGAAAAAACGCAAUGCUCAACAGUAUACUGAUACUAUAGACUCGGCGGGUAGAUGUCUGUUAAGCACUAUUGAUUCAUUCAAUAUUUCCAAUGUUCCCCUACAAGUUCUUGUCAAGGUGGCCUUUGCACUCAGAAUGCUUAUUGAGCAGCCUGCCUACCUAGAAAAGCGCGAGCUAGUUUACGAAGAGUUGGACAGCAGGGCCUCGGAAAUGGAAUCGCCUAGCGGAGCCCUGCGCUGGUGGAAGGAAACAGCUAAUCCUGCUGCCGAAGUCGAAAAUACUGUCUUCGCAUAUCUCGCUCUCGCGAGGUAUCAUUCUUGCUCCGAACAACGACCAAUCAUCCGCUGGCUGCUGACGAAACAGAAUGAUCGGGGUGGCUUCUACUCGACUUACGACACUGUUUUGGCCCUGCGGGCACUGGCGGAUGCGGCUGAAUGCCUAAAACUUUCGGGUGAACGAAACGCCCCCUCAGUAGUUACAGCCACCAUCCUGCCUGCGGGCUUGAAGUCGAGGGCAAUAGUGGUGAAUCGAACGAAUGCACACACAUCCCAGCAAGUUGAACUUGACUGUCACAACCACAACGGGUCGAUGGAGGUAAAGGUGGAGGUCUCGGGUCCAGUGAACGCCACCUGCGUGGUGGUGCAUCUAUCUGCCGUCUUUUGCGUGCCUUCCGUUGCACCCAUCAUCAGCAACACCGAUCAGGUCACAGAACAUUCUGCCGCUUUGCCUAAUACCACCGACAUUGGCUCUUUCCCCUCUAUCAUCAAUAAGACCGAUCCGGAAAUCAAAAGGUCUCCCUUUUUCCUUACUGUCCGCACAACCCAGGCUCAAGAUUUCACCCCGGAAUGUAUUCAGCCCAAGGCAACCAUAUGUGUACGGUUAUCUGAAAGCGCUGUUACCUCCAAUGACUCUAUCGACACAAACAUGAUACUCCUUGCAUUUCAGCUUCCCACUGGGUGGACAAUUAUAGAAAAAGACUUGACGCGGCUGCAUUAUCCUGGUCUAGGCGGUGCUGAGUUCGAUGUAGAGAAGGAGACGCUGUUUGCCUAUUUCGAUCCAUUCACAGACUUAGAAGCUAUGAAUAUUGGUGGACGCAAUAAGCUGGUGCGAUGCAUCAGCCGAAGGCUUAAGCAACAAUCUUUUAGUGAUCCUUUGAAGCCAUCCCUUAUAUUUGCGGAAGAUUACUACAAUCCACAGAAAAAGACAGAAAUCCGCUUUCUGCCAAGUAACUGCAAACUUUACUGGGAAUCUCGAUUUUCUGCAAAAUACAACAGAACUGAGGAGAUUUAG